AAACAAAAAACACACAAUACAGAAAGUGCACAGAGAGCAAAUAAUAGAAGUUUAAAUGCUGAAGACUUUAAUUAAAAAUUAAUUAAUUUUAAUUGUAAGAAAUGUGAGCACAAAUUGAGUGUGCGCGUGUGUGUGUAUAAAAAAAAAUUUUAAUGAAUUUUUAAGUGCGUGCAGAGGGUAUAAAGAAUCCAAAACGGAAGUUAAUAUUUGGAAAUUAGAAAACAAAUUCAGUAACUAAUUAGAUACAUAUUUAGAUGAAAAUCUACCACAUUUCGGCCACAAAAAGAAAAACUUCAAAUAAAAAAUGGUGAAAAUUCUGCAAGCCUAUAAUUUUGCCAAGCAGCACACAUACUCUCUGAAUGGUGACAUACUCUCCGCCUCGCUAAUCGAUUCUAGUCGCAUUGCAGUCAGCAGCGCUGAACAAUUUAUUGAGAUCUACGAUAUCGGUGGCAAGCAACGCCGCAAUGAAUUGAAUGGCAUCGAUUUGAAUGCAAUUACGACGGCGACUGAGUAUGCCGCUGCAGAGGCUGAAGCGGCAGCGGCUGCGGCUCAGGCGGCCGCAGAUGAGCGGCUACCCACAAAGUAUACGCUGGCAACGGUGGGCGAGGUGGUGCAUUUGAUUUAUUGUGAAGCAGGAAAAUAUCUGCUCACACUUGAGAAGGAGACACUCGGCAGUCCCGUGCACACGAGCACCACAGGUAUUAGCUGCACAAGCAGCAGUAAUAAUACCGUUAUCUGCCCAGAAGAUGAUACCAAAAUGUUUGUGCGUAUUUAUGCCAAUUUUUGGAAAUUUCCCGAAGCUAAACUCAUCGAUUUGCCCAUUACUAUACGUAUCGCCUCGAUGACGACGCCCAAAGCACCACUAGUGGAGAGCAUCGACGUGAUUGAGUUACCGCUCCGUAGUCCACCCGAUAUAAUACAGUGCUGCCAAACAUCGGGCAAUAUUAUCGUGAGCAGCAAGGAACGCAUCUAUCUGUACGAGUAUACCCAAUGCAUACAUGAGACCACUCAGCCACGUUUCUCCUACAUUGACUUUUUGCCAUUUAAAUUUUUCGUAAAUCUAAACUUUGUGCCGCUGCGUCUCUGCCUCGCCGAGAAUGUCAUUGCUGCAAUGAAUAAUCGCUACUGCGUGGCUUUCAAAGUGGUAGAUGUGGUGGGCAGUAGCGCUGCUGGUGGCGCGCAUUGCAGUCCAUUAGAUAAUGAUUAUGGUGGUGGUGGCAUUUGUGGGGGCGGUGCUGUCGGUGUCUGUUUAGAUGAUGUGGCGGAUGUGGAUGUGGACGAGGCUAUUUCGAGUUCGGAAUCGAGCGUAAUGAGUAAAAUGAGUGCAGGUCCCUCUAGUCACAAUAGCUUCGAAACAGAUUCGUUGGAGACGACUUCAAGUGGGCGUCCAUUUGGCACAGCAGGGUUUCCGGGGCGUACGCCAAUCGAUUUUAAUGUCGCGCGUAUUGUGAACUCAGCAUGCGGACGUGAUUUCGAAGUGGAUUUAAAGUCUCAAUGGGAGUUGGGUGAAGCUUUAAGUAUGGGCGGUGGUUGUGUUGGGAGCGGUGUGGGUUCGUCAUCUAUGGGUGGUAGUGGCGGUGUUGGGGGAGUUUGUGUUGGUGAUACACAGGAGAUUAUUAUUAUGCCAGCACGCGCUAACGAUAUCAAAAUUAAGCUGGUUAAUGAAGCGAAAGCUAUGAAUGUGCAGCGUGUCACCAACCACGGCGGCAUGGCCUAUGCUUACAACGAGGACACCAGCGUGCAGUAUGAUGUGCGUAAGCUACUACAGAUCUGCAUGAAGUCUUCAGAGCCCAAUGGUCGCAUCGUGGAUAUUUUGCGUUGCAUGGAUUUGAAGGCGAUUUAUCAACGGAAUCCGAACGAGGAUGGGUUGGAGGACUCGGAAUACGAUAUGGGCAACCAGCAAGUGCCUGGAGCUGUGACCACAACCAAACAUGCCAAUCGACGCACGCUCAAGUCGGGCCAACAUCAGAGUUGCGUCGGUUAUGCGCUCUUGGUGGCCAGCAGCGUAGACGGUUAUUUGUAUCAGUUUUGUGCGCAGGGCAAGUGGUAUAAUGAGAAUGAAAAGCCCAUUGCGACAUACUCCUUCACCGCGCCCGUUUUGAGGGUGCACAUCAACGAUUAUGUCAUAUACGCCAUCACCACAGAGUCCGUCGAGACGCAUACAUCACGUAUCGGCCAUAAACUCUACAACAAUCGCUUUGAAUAUCCCACACUCGGCGGUCUCUUCCCAGAGGAAUCUAGCCCCGACGUCAACUCGGCCAUAGCUGUCAUCGGCCUUUGCGCUUUUAUGCACGUGCAGUAUGUUUGUGUGAAUCGUAAUAAUUUGGUGUUGAUUAGCAACAGCGCAUUGGCCAAUAACGAGGCCAACAAGAGACGCAGUACCAACGGUGGUGGUGGCUCUGUCAGCAGUACUGGCGGCCGCAAUAUAGCAGCACGCAUACUCGGUGAGUCUAAGGUAAAGAAUUUACUUCGCAGCAACAACAAUACAGCGCCACAAACACAACUCAACGAAUGGACGCUCUAUAACUUGGAGGUGCCACCGGUGGAGCAUGUCAUUGAGGAUUUGGAAGCGAUCGCGGAAUCAUAUCGCGCAGCUAGUAGCACAAAUUUUUACGAUCUUAUGGAGGAGGCGCACGUCAUGCUGCGCUUGAGUCUCUCGCUGCAGUGCGAACAGUUGUUGGAGGAGCGUGAGCAGCAAUUGCGGGGCAAAUUCGUAGAGAAUUGUCGUAAACUAGCAGAUUUUUCUAUACGGUCUCGCAAGAAAGAAGUCUAUUUGCAGGCCACAGGCUUUUAUAAAAUGUGUAAUCUACAACUUGCGGACAUUUACAGUAACUACAUCAACUGCUAUGUACAGCCAGCAUUCAUCGAACAGCAGCAACUACCAUUUGGUAACUGCUCCAAUUCGCCGGUGAUUGAUGAGACGCAAUUGGUUGGUCUAAUUUACACAGUGAAAAUGUUCCUACUCGGCUUGGGCACAGAUCGGCUCUUGGCCGCCUUUCUCCAUCAGUUGGUGAAGCCAUUUUUCACACCCAAUCGCGUCAUCGAACAGGGCUACCCACAAGUGCCUUUGUCAUUGGAGUUUCUUAAUAUGUUUAUCAAAAACUCGCCGGCGAAUAUACCACAAAUCAUGCUAAACUCGCCGGUGGUGGCCGAUACUAUAAGUGGAGAGUUGGUCAAUUAUCUCAAAUAUCUAGAUAAACUCAAUCCCGACGAGAAUCUUUUACUUGCUGUCACCGCCUGCCGCAUGUCGAACUAUUUGCUUGCUCAGGAGGUCGUCGCUCGGCUGAGUCGUCGGGAACUGGCUGUGGCUUUGAUUAAACAUAAGAAUGUGCUCUUCGACGAUGGCACCGUACUCUUUAAACCACGCGGGUCACAACAUUACGAUCCACUUAAAUAUCGUGGUUCCAGCACAUCCACAACAACAAGCGGUCCACAACACAAAUCCGCUGCAGCAGCAGCCCAACCAGCACGUCGUCAACAAAACAAAAGUAGAACUUCUUUUGGUCAAACGCAGACAGCCAGUCCCCUACUUGGGGCGACACAGGCGGCUCACGGCAUAGUUUCAUUCUCUGAUUUUACCGAAACGAUUUUGUUGGCCACAGAGAACACGGAUUUGAUUGAAGCUAUCAGUGAUGUGUUUAUACACGCGCUCUGCAUUGAACACAGCAUUACGUUGGAAAUCAUACUGCAAUUAUUUCUCAACUAUAUCGCCUCGCAUAUCGGACAUAAGGGUUAUCAGACUUCGCAGAAGGUGUUUGUCAAUAUACUGCAGAUCUACUACUACGACUAUUUCGAUGUAAAUCCGAUGCAAAAUCCACACGACAUGCCCUCACAUACACCGCCGCACAUGCAAGAAGGCGACGAAUACGAUGAGACAUCCUCGAAAGCGCCCUCGUUGAAUAGCGAACGCGAUAAUGAAUCGAUGGCGAACUCAUUACCGGACUCGAACUCGGGCGCCAGCUCAUCUAUGGAUGAACGCAGCUAUUCGCAUGCCACUAAUCGCAAUCGCAUCGUCUAUGAUCAGCUGCACGAACACAACUCGCCCUACAAGCGCAACAUGACGCUCUCACCAAUACAAUUGGAUGCGCCGAAUGGCCAACAGACGCCGCCACAAGGUAGCAACGAUGCAGAAACAAAUCUGAAAGGUCUUAAAAUACUAUUUCGCAUGUACAUGGGCCGUCUCAAGUCUUUAAGUGAUCUCAUCACCGAUCUACAAUCAGCUGAUCUCGAACAGCAGCCCGUCAAUGAUGAUUUCAUUAGUUUACGCAUGGAAUGUGUUAAAUUUAUGAUACGUCAUUUGCAAGAAUUACGCGCACAACAACAACAACAGCCAUGUAAUUUGCUGCGUCACAAUGCUGGUACACAGUACUACUAUCCGAAGUGUGUGAAUAGCAGCCUAGCGCAGCCACCAACAGGUGUAACGGAUGGGCGUAAAAUAAUCUAUGUGCCAUUCAUACCGGAUUAUAAAUUGUGUGGCGAGGAGUUUGAACGUCAUAUAAAGUCAUAUUUGCGACCGAUUCCCUGUCUGCUGGAUCGUCCACAAUAUCUGAAUCGCUUGCCGCCAUUUCGACGUGACGAUUUCAGCUUUCCCAAUCGCGAUGAGGGCGAGUGUGAAGUGCGUUUUUUGGGUUGGCACAAUGAGCUGUUAACGCUGACGCUGAAGAUACAGUCGCUUUUGGCUUCGACAAAAAUCGAUCGUGAGAUUAUUGAAGAGUUCAUCGCUUUCAUUCAAAAGACGCCGGACUUGAUUGGCAUUGAUAGUUUCCUGGUCAUUGUUUUACCAAAGCACUUGGCUAUAAAUUAUAUGUUAAAUUUCUGUCCUGAAUAUAUGUGGCAGUAUGGCAAGUCUAAUGGCUUUACACCCAAACAUUGGGAGUCACUGUUGAAGAAAAUCUUGAGUAAACAGGAUUUGUUGCCCAAUUGGAAGGCACAUGUGACAGAAAUUCUUAACAACCUGGUAGCCGAACUGUCAUUCGAAGAACUCUUACAAUGUUUUCCUAGCGAAGCGAUUAAACAUCAAAAAACCGAAGCUUUCCUAAAGGAAUUCAACGAUAAUCGCAUCAACUAUGUCAAUGAACAACUGACAUUUGAAGAUUUACAAAAACCAACAACAAACUUAUGUGACAACGAAACAUUGCUAACACGCGAUCACUUGCCAAUGGACAACAUUGAUGAGAAUAAUGUUUUCGAACUCACACUGCGUAAGGCGGUGUCGAAGCAGCGUAGCAUCGCUUUGCGUUCAAUGAUCGAAUCGACGGGCACACAAUUAUUCGAUGCAACUAGUAAUCCAAUGUACAAUCUUUGAGAUAAACAACGGAACGCAUAGAAUAGGCGACAUAAAAGAUGGCGGUUGAGAGAUAAUGUAACGGUUUAAUGAAGGAAUGUGGUCAAAGUAGCGGCGUUGAAAACAAAAAUAUUUACAAACAAACAUAUGAAAUUAUUGAUUAAUACACAUUUUAGUACAUAUGUUUAUACAUAUAAAUAGAUAAAGAAAAUUCUGUAGUCACAAGGUAUAACGGAAUAACACACUAAGCGGAAUUGAGUUUCGAAAAAUAAUAAUAAUUUAUUAUAUAUGAGUAUGUAAGAUUAAAAAUAUUUGUUUAGUAAACAAUAAUUCAAAUGUUCUGCAGUAAGCUGAAUUUACAGUUAAAAUUAUUUAAUCCCUUGUCUGUUGUUCGCAUUUGAAAAUAACAAAAAACUUAAUUGAAUUUGUUAUGCCUUGUGACCGCAGAAUUAUUAAAUGCAUAGACGUAUGCCACAUGUUAUUUGGGUUGGUCGCAUUAAAUUAUUAAAAAAAAACACGAAAUACGCUAAAAAAGUAAAUUUGUAAACAAAUAGAUACUUCUAGUAUACCUGCAUCAUUAUGAAAUUUAAUUAAUAUAUUAUUAGGCAAGCCAUACAUGUAUAUUUAUACACAUGAAGCACAUACAUACAUGCAUAUGUAUAUUUUUACAUUAUUAAGAUUAUAAAGUAGAACACGAUUAUAUACAUUUAUACAUAUACACAGAUUAUUAAUUAAGUUCAAACUAGUUGCAGCUUAAAGCUUUCAAUAAUAAAUUUACAUACAUAUUACAUUUUUCUCUACUUUGCUUUUGUUAUUUAAGCAAUAAUAAUAAUAAUAAUAAAAUUUAAGUAAUCCUCAAUUCUAUAGCAUCUAAACAUUCUUCAAAGUGCAUUUCGAUUAGAUUAAGUUUAAAUAAUUUUAUUGUGCUAUGCUUCCAAGUUUUUGAUUGCUUAACGAAUACUCAUAAAAAAACACAAAUUUGUGAUGCUUUUUAAAUAUUAUUAUUAAGAAAUCUUAAAGAAAACAAACAUAUUACUAUUUAACAUAUUAAUUAUACCAAGAAUGUAUUAACUAGUGUAUUUUUUUAUUAUUUUUUGCAUUUACAAUUUUACAUAUUUUUAAUUAUGACUAAAACAGUAUUUGAUGCUUUGACAAAUAUUUAUAGUUUUUAAGCAUAUUUUUACUAAAAACGUUUAUUGCCUGUGCAAAUUAUUCUAAAUGCUAAUAUACACCUAAUAUAUUUAUAAAUAUAAACAUUUUUUUUAAUAGAAUAAUUUUAAUAUA